GACGUUUUUCUCUUCGCCCACACUCAGUUCAUCUUCACUCUUCACAGUAGCGAGUCAGAAAGUAGUCUGAACGCCUGCGGCAGGUUACAUGAAAUUAUAUAAAAACUCGCUGACAGCUAGCCCUUCUGAAAGAGCGUGUGGUCUAUGAUUAAGAAAAAAUGCCCAAUGAUGCAUUUGGUUAAAUGCACUAUGCUUCUUAUCUUGCUGGCAUAUGCAGCUUGUGAACAUCAUGCUGAAAACCUGGAGCGUGAAAGUAACACUCAAGCUCAGCCACGUCUGGGCCACCGCAUUCAACUCCUCUUCCCACUGCUAAUUGCUGUCGCAGCACGUUUAGGUGCCCUGCUACCAAUGGCUGGCAGCAUCCUCACAGGUGUUGCACUUAUGGUGGUGUUUGCAAAGGUAUCACUCAUUGUCAGUACAGUGACACUCUUAGUAUCUUCAUUAUCAGCCUUCCAGAGAGAAGAACACUAUGUUGUAUCAAUACGACAAGAAGGUCCAUACCAUUUGCUAAAUUCACAGUGAGUGGAUACUUCCCUUUUUAACAUUAAGACUGAAAAAGUAACAAAGUGUGUAAGUACUUAAAAUGAGUGUAAAUAUAUGCGAAAAAUGGAUUAUAAAUUUACUUCGG